AUGGUGGGGGUGUUUGUGGGUGUGUUGGUGGGGUUGGAGUGUGGGUGUUGGGGGUUGGGGUGUGGGUGGGGUGAUGGGGAUGUUGGUGUUUGGGUGUGGGGGUGGGGUUGGGGUGGGGGGGGGGGGGUGGGUGGUGGUGGGGUGGUGUUGUGGGUGGGGUGGUGGGUGUGUUGGUGGGUUGUUGUGGGUGUGGGUGUGGUUGGGAGGUGUGGGGUUUUGGUUGGUGGUGUGUGGUUUUGUUGGGGUGUGGGGUGGUGGGGGGGGGGGGUGGUGGUGUUGGGGGGGUGGUUGGAUGGGGGGUGGGGUGGUGGGGGGUGGUGUGGUUUUGUGGGGUGGUGUGGUUGGGGUGUGGUGGGGUGGGUGGUUGUGGUGUGUGGGUGGGUGGGUGGUGGUGGGGGUGGUGUGUGGGGUGGGUGUUGGGUUGGGAGGUGGUGUGGGGGUGGGUGGGUUUGGGUGGGGUGGUGGUUGGGGUGUUGUGGUUGUGUUUUGUGUGGGGUUUGGUGGUUGGUGGUGUUUGGGUGUUGUGGGUGUUGGGGGUGGUGGGGUUUGUGGGGGUGGUUGUGGUGGGGUGUGGGGGGUGGGUGGGGGUGGUGGUGGGGUGGUUGUGUGGUGGGGGUGUGGUUGGUUUGGGGUGGGGGGUUGUGUGUGGGUGUUUGGGGUGUGGGGUGGGGUGGGGGUUGGGGUGGGGUGGUGGGUGGUUGGGGGGUUGUUGGUUGUGUGGUGGUGGGUUGGGGUGUGGGUGGUUGGGGUUGUGUGUGUGGUGUUGGUUGUUGGGGUGGUGUGGGUUGGGGUGUUGGGUGGGGGUGGGGUGGGGGUGUGGUGUGGUUGGGGGUUGGUGGUGGGUGUUGGGGGGGUGGUUGUUGGUGUUUUUGUUGGGGUGUUGGUGGGGUGGUGUGUGGUGGGGGGGUGUGUGGUGUGGGGUGGUUGGGUGUGGGUUGGGUGUGUGGGUGUUGGGGGGUUGUGUUGUGGGUGUGUGUGGUUGUGAUGUGGGUGGGUGUGUGUUGGGGUGUUGUGUGUGGUGGGGGUGUGUGGGAUGUGGGUUGGGUGGGGUGUGUUGUGGGGGUAUGUGUGUUGGGUGUGGGUGUUGUGGGUUGUGGGGGUGGGGGUGGGGUGGUGGGGGGUGUGGUGGGUGUGGUGGUGGGGGUGUUGGGGUGGGGGGGGUGGGUGGGGGUGUGGGGUUGGGUGGGGGGUGGUUGUGGGUGUGUGGUGUGGGGUGGUGGUGGGGUUGUGGGGUGGUGUGGGGUGGGGGUGUGGUGUGUGGGUGGUGGUGUGGGUUGUGUGGGUGGGUGGGGGGUGUGGUUGGGGUGUGGUUUGGGUGUGUUGGUGGUUGGUGGGGUGUGUGGGUGUGUGUGGGUGUGGGGUUGUUGGGUGUUGGGUGUGGGGUGGGUUGUGGGGGGUUGUUGUGUGGUGGGUGGUGGGUGGGGGUGUGGUGGGGGGGGUGUGGUGGGUGUGUGGUUGGGGGGUUGGUGGUGGGGUGUGGGGGUGGGGGUGGUGGGGUGGGGGGGGUGGGUGGGUGUGGUGUUGGGGGUGGGUGGGGUUGGGUGGGGGGUUGGGGGUGGUGGGGUGGGGUGGUGGGGUGUGGGUUGUUGGUGGUGUGGGGGGGGUGGGGGUUGUGGGUGGGUGGUUGGGUGUUGGUGGUGGGUGGGGUGUGGUUGGGGGUGUGUUGUUGGGGGGUGUGGUGGGGGGUGUGUGGUGGGGUGGUGGGUUGUGUUGGGGGGGGGGUUGGGUUGUGGGGUGGUUUUUGGUGGUGGGGUUGGGUUGUUGGUGGUUUGUGGGUGGGGGGGGGGUUGGGUGGUGUUGGGGUGUGUUGGGGGUGUGGUGGGUGUGUUGUGGUGGGGGUGUGGGGUUGGGGGUGGGGUGGGUGUGUGGUGUUUGUGUGGGGUGGGUGGGUUUGGUGUGGGGUGGGGGUUUGGUUGGGGGUUGGUGGGGGUGUUGGUGGGUGUGGUUGGGUGGGUGGGGUUGUGGUGUGUUUGUGGGGUGUGGGUGUGGGGUUGUGUUGGUGUUGGUGGGUGUGGUGUUGUGUUGGGUGUGUUGGUGGGUGGGGGGGGUUUGUGUGUUGGGUGUGGGGUGGUGGUUGGGGUGUUGUGUGGGGGUGGGUUGGGUGUGUGGGGGUGUGGUGGGGGUGUGGGGGGGUGGUUUGGGUUGGGGGGUGGGUUGGGUGGGGGGGUGUUGGGUGGGGUGUGGGGGUUGGGGGUGGGUGUGGGUGGGGGUGGGGUGUGUGGUUGGGGUGUGUGUGGGUGGUUGGGGGGUGGUGUUGGUGUGGGGGUUGGGUUUGGUGGGUGGGUGUUGUGGGGGGGUUUGGUUGGGUGGUGUGUGUGGUGGGUUGGGUGUGGGGGGUUUGGUGUGGGGGGGGUGGGUGGUGGGUGGGGGGUUGGGUGGGUUUGGUGGUGGUGUUUGGUGGGUGGGGUGUUGGGGUGGGGGUUGUGGGUUGUUUGGGGUUGGGUGGUGGGGGGGUGUUUGGGUGGGUGGGGGUUGGUGUGUGUUGGUGGUGGGGGGUGGGUGUUUGGUUGGGUGGGGGUGUUGUGGGGGUGGGUGGGUGUGUGGGGUGUGUUGGGGUGGUUGUGGUUGUUUGGUGUGGGGGGUUGGGGUGGUUGGGUGGUUUGUUGGGGGGGUUUGGUGGGGGUGGGUUGUGGGUGUGUUGGGGGUGGUGUGGUGGGGUUGGGUGGGGUGGUUUGGGGGUGUGGUUGGUGGGGGUUUGGGUGGGGGUGUGGUGGGUGUUGUUGGUGGGGGGGUGGGUUGGGGGUGGGGUGGUGGGUGUGUGUUGGUGGGUUGGUGGGGUGUUGUUGGGUGUGGUUUGGGGUUGGGUUGGUGGGUUGGGUUGUGGUUUGUUGGUGGGGGUGGGGUGUGUGGUUGGUGUUUGGGUGGGGUGGGUGUUGUGUGGGGUGUGGGUGGUGGGGUUGGGGGUGGGUGGGGGUGUUGUUGGGGUUGGGUGGUGGGGUGGUGUGGUUUGGUGGGUGGGUUGGGGUGGGGUGUGUGUUGGGGGGUUGUUGGUUGUUGUGGGGUGUGGGGUGGGGUGGUGGUGUGUUGUGGGGGUGUGGGGUUUGGUGGGUGUUGGGGGUGUUGUGUGGUGGGUGUGGGUGGGGUUGGGGGUGUGGGUUGUUGGGUGGGGUGUGUGUGUUGUGUGGGUGUGGGGGGGGGUUUGUUUGGGGGGGGUUGUGGUGUGGUUGUGUUGUGGUGGGGUGUGGGGUGGGGGUGUUGGUGUUUGUUGGGGGUUGGGUGGGGGUGUGGUGGGGUUGUGUGUGUGGGGGUGGUGGGGUGGGGUGUUGGGGGUGGGUGGGUUGGUGGGUGGGGUGGGUGGGGUGUUGGGGUGGGUUGGUGUGGUGUGGGUGGGUGGGUUGGGGGGGUUGGGGGUUGUGGUUGGUGGUUGGGUUUGUGGGUGGUGGUGAUGGGGUUGGGUUGGUUGUUUUGUUGGGUGGUUGGGGGGGGUUGGGGGGGUGGGUGGUAGUUUGGGUGUGGGGGUUGUGGUUGUGGUGGGGGUGUGUUUGGUGUGGUGGGGGGGGGUGUGGGGGUGUGGUGGGUGGUGGGGUGGUGGGGUGGGGGUGGUGGUUGUGGGUUGGGGGGUGGGUGUUUGUGUGUGGGGGGUGGGUUUGGUUGGGUGUGGGUUGGGGGGUGUUGGGUGUGGUGGUUGGGUGGUGGGUGUUGGGGGGUGGUGUGGUGUGGGUUGUGUGGGGGUUGUUUGGUGUGGGGUGGGGUGGGGGUUGGUUGGGGUUGGGGUGGGGGGUUGUUGGGGUGGUGGGUGGUUGGGGGGUGUUUGGGGUGGGUUUGUGUUGUGGGGUUUGGGGGUGGGGUGGGGUUGGUGGGUGGUUGUGGGGGUGGGGGUGGUGGGGUGUGUUGUGGUGUUGUUGUGGGGUGUGGUGUUGUUGGUUGGUGGGGGGGUGUGGUGUUUGUGUGGUGUUGGGUGUUGUGGGGUGUGGGGGUGGGUGGUGGGGGUUGGGGGGUUGGGGGUGUUGGUGGGUUUUGGUGGGGUGGGGGUGGGGUGUGGUUUGUGGUGGUGUUGGGGGUGGUGUGGGGUUUGGUGGGUGUGUGGGGGUGUGGGGUGUGGGGGUUGGGGGGGGGGUGUGGGGUUGGGUUGGUGGUUGGGGUGGGGUUGUGUGGUGGGGGUGUUUGGGGGGUGGGUGUGGUGGGGGGUGGUGUGUUGUGGGUUGGUGGGGGUGGGUUGUGGUGGGGUGGUUGUUGUUGUGUGAUGGUUGGUGUGGGGGGUUGUGGGUUGGGGGUGUUGGUGGUGGGGUGUGGUGUGUUGUUGGUUGGGGGGUGGUGGUGGGUGUUUGGGGGGUGUGGUUGGGUGGGGGGUGGGGGGGGUGGGGGGUGUGGGGGGUGUGGGGUUGGGGUGGGUUGGUUUGGGGUUGGUGGUUUGGGUGGGUGUGGUGUGGUGUUGGGGUGUGGUUGGUUGUUGGGGUGGUGGGGGGGGUGGUGUUGGGUUGGGGUGUGGGGUGUGGGUUGGGUGGGGUUGUGGUUUGGUGGGUUGGGGUGUGGUGGGUGGUGUUUGGUUGGGGGUGGGGUGGGGGUUGGUUUGGGGGUGUUGGUGUGUGGGUUGGUGUGGUUGUGUUGGUGUUGGGUGGGUGUGUUGGGUUGGUUGGGGGUGGUGUUGUUGUUUGGGUUUGGUGGUGGUGUGGGGGUGGUGUGGUUGGGUGGGGGUGGUGUUGGUGGGUGGUGUGUUUGUUGGUGGUGUGUUGGUUUGUUGGUGGUGUUGGGGGGGGUUUGUUGGGGUUUGGGGGGUGGGUGUUUGGUUGGGGGGUGGGGGGGGGUUUGGUUGUGGUGGGUGGGGUUGUGUGUGGGUGUGGGGUGUGUUGGGGGGGUGUUGGGUGGUUUGGGUGUGGUGGUGGGGUGGGUUGGGUGGGGUGUUGGGGGUUGGUUUGUUGGUGUUGGUGGGUUGGGUUGGGGGGGUUUGGGUGGUUGUGGGGGUGUGGGGUGGGGGUGGUGGUUUUGGUGUGGGUUGUUUGGGUGGGUUGGUGGGGUUUGUGGGGUGGUGUGUGGGUGGGGGGUUGGGGUGGGUAUGGUGUGGUGGGUGGGUUGUUGUUGGGUGUGUGGGGGGGUGUGGGGUUGUUGGGUGGGUUUGGUGUGUGUUGGGGGUGGUGGUUUGUGUGUGGGGUUGGGGGUUGUUGGUGUGGUGGUGGGGUGGGUUGGGGGGUGGGGGGGGUGGUGGUUGUUGGGGGGUGGGUGGUUGGGUGUUGGUGGGAUGGGUUGGGGUGUUGUUGGGGUGGGGGGGGGUGGGGUGUGGUUGGGUGGUGGGUGUGUUGGUGUGUGGGGGGUGGGUGGUUUGGGGUGUGUGGGGUGGUGGUGGUUGGUGUGUUGUUGGGUGGUGGUGUUGGUGUUUGGGUGGGGGUGGGGGGUGGGGGUGGGGGGUUGGUGGUGUGGGGUGGGUGUGGGUGUUUGGGUUGGGGGUUGGGGGGGGUUGGUGUGUGGGGGUUGGUUGGUGGUUGGGGUGUGGUGGGUGGGGGUUUUGGUUGGGGGUGUGGUUUGUGGGUGUGUUGGAUGGGGUGGGUGGGUUGGGUGUUUGGUUUGUGUGGUGGGGUGGGGUGUGUGGUUGGGGGGGUGUGGUUUUGGUGUUUGUGUGUGGUGUGUUGUGUGGGUGUGGGGUUGUUGGGUUGGUUGGGUGGUUGGGGUGGGGUGUGGUGUUGUUGGUGUGGGUUUUGUGUUGGGGUGGUUUGGGGUUUGGGGGUGUGGUUUUGGUGGGUUGUUUUGGGGGUUUGUUGGUUUGUGUUUGAGGUGGUUGUGGUGGGUGUGGGGUGGGUGUGGGGGGUUGGGUGUUUGUGGGUGUUGGUUUGGGUUGGGGUGUUUGGUGUGGGUGUGGUGGGUGUGAGGGUAGUUGAGUUGGUUGUGGGUUUUGGUGUUGGUGUGUGGUUGUGGUGUUGGUAUUGUUGGGGUUGGUGUGGAGGGGGUUUGUGUGGGUUGUUUGGGUUUGGGGUGUUGUGGGAUGGGGUGAUGGUAGUUUUUGUGUGGAGGUGGGGUGGGUUGUGUGGGUGUGUUGGGGUGGGGUUGGGUAUGGUUGAGGUGAUGUUGGUGAUAAUGUGGGUUGUGUGGGAGUUGGGGGUUGGAGGUGGGUUGAUGGGGGUGUGUGUGGGUGGGGGUAGGGUGAUGGGAGUGUGGGUGGUGUGGGGGUGGGUUGUUGGGGUGUGUGGUAGGUUUGGUGGGGGGUUGUGGGUUGGGUUGGGGUUGUUUGGGUGUGAUGGUUGUGUGGUGGUUGGGGUGGUUGUUGAUGGUGGGGGUAGGAUGGUUGUGGUUAUUGGGGGGGGGGGGGGGUUGUGGGGGGUUGGGUGGUUGGUUGUUGGGGUGGUGGGGGUUGUAGGUGUUAGGGUUGGGGAGGGGUUUGGUGGUGGGUGGGGGUGUUGUGUUGGGGUUGUUGGUGUGGUGGUUGUUGGGGGUUGGGGGGUGAUGGGGGGGGUUGGGGAUGGGUUUGUUUGUGGGGUUGUGGGGUGGGGUUGGGUGUGUUGUUUUGGGUGGGGGGGGUGGGGAGGGGGUGGUGGGGGGUGGGUGUUGUGGGUUGGUGGGUGGGGGUUGGGGUGUUGGUGUGGUUGGGGUGUGGGUGGGGGGGUGGUGGGUGGUGGGGGGGGGGGGUGUGGGGGGGGUGUUGGAUGGGGGGGGUGGGGGGGUUGGGUGAGGGGGUGGUGUGUGGGAUGUUGUGGGUUGUGUGGGGGUGGGGGAGUGGGGGGGGUGGGUGGGGGGUGUUGGGUGGGUUGGGGAUGGUUGGUGUGGGGUGUGUUGGUGGGUGUGGGGGUUGGUGGGUUGGUGGUUGUGGUGGUAGGUGUGGGGAUGGGGUGUUGUUUAUGGGGGUUGGGGGUGGGGUGGGGGUGUGGGGGUUGGUGUAGGGUGGUGGUGGUGUGGGGUGUUGGGGUGGGUUGUUGGUUUAGGAUUUUGUGGUGUUGUGGGUGUGUGUUGAUUGUGGGGGGGUGUUUGGGUGGGGUGGUUGUUGGAUGGUGGGUGUGGGGGUGGGGGUUUUGGGUUGGUGUUGGGUUGGGGUUUGGUUGGUGGGGUGGGUGUGUUGGGUUAUUGGGUUGUGGGGGGUGGGUUGGGGGUGUGGGGGUGGUGGGGUGGGUGGUUGGUGUGUGUGUUUUGUGGUGGUUUGUGGGUGUUGGGUGGGGUUGUGUAUUGUUGGUUGUGUGGGGUGUUGUUGGUGUGGGUGGGGUGGGGGGUGGUUGGAUGUGUGGGGGUGGUGGGGUGUUGGUGGGGUGGUGUGGGGGUUUGUUGUGGGUGGGGUUGUGUGGUGUUGGUGGAUUGUGUGAUGGGUGUUGGGUGGGGGGUGUGUUGUGUUGGGGUGGGGGGUGGGUUUGUGUGGUGUUGGUGAUGGGGUUGUGUGUGGUGGGUUUGUUGGUGGUUGGUGGUGUUGGGGUGGUUUGUGGGGGUUGGGGUUGGUGGGUUGGGGUGGUGGGUGGGGUUGGGGGGGUGGGGGUUGGGGGGGUGGUGGGGUUGUUGGUUGGUUUGGGGGGGGUUGGGUGGGUUUUGUGGGUGAUGGUGGGGAUGGGGUGUGGGGUGUUGGUUUGGGGGUGGUGGGGGGGGUGGUGGGUGGUGGUGGGUGGGUGUGUGGUGGGGGGUGGUGGGGUUGGGGGAUUGGGGUGA